UCCUCGGCCAACCGACGUCCGACACACUCAACUUUUCACUGAUCUGCCGUCAGGCACAAACAGUCAACGGCUCUGUUUGACUACCUUCCUCACGUCACGACCUACAAUGAUAGUCACGCGAGCUAUAUCCUUGACGAACUUCCUGGUAGCCAGCUCUGCACUGGGUUUCCAGGUGUUGGUGCUAUAUCCGUGGCACAAGGAGUUAGACGCGGGGUUCGAGGACCUGAAGAAGGAGCACUUGAAGGUUCUGGAUGCUGUGGGAAACAGUCUGAGCGAGCAGCAACGAAGGGCCUUCUCCGACAAAUUGAGCGACCUGAAAAGCCAAAGCUCGAAAAGCAUCCACAACGUUGUUACACGUACACAGAGCCCUGGAGAACCAAUCAAGGCCGCUAGAGACAAAAUCAUGCCGACCAAGGACAAGGCCGUGGACACUGCAACAACCGAAGAGGCUAUGGGAGUGUCUCUGUACGCAAGAUAUGCUCUCGCUGGCGCCUUCUGUUGCGCUUUCACACAUGCCGUCCUCACACCCGUCGAUGUUGUUAAAACACGGAUCCAGCUCGAUCCAACCACAUACAGCAGCAACAUUUCUCAGAGUGCACGGCAGAUAGUUUCAUCAGAAGGGCGAGGAGCUCUCCUGAUAGGGCUAGGCCCUACCAUCGCAGGUUACUGCCUCCAGGGUGCCUUCAAGUUUGGCGGCUACGAGUAUUUCAAAGCUCGCGCGGUCGACUAUCUUGGGCACUCGACUGCUACCAAUAACCGGAAUGCUGUAUACCUUGCCUCCGCCGCCGCGGCCGAGUUCCUUGGUGAUAUCGCGCUCUGCCCAUUCGAGUCUGUUCGAAUCCGGCUCGUGUCUCAGCCUACCUACGCCGUUGGCUUCGUGAGCGGGCUUGCUAAACUGGCCAGAGAAGAGGGUCUUAGUGGCUUGUACUCCGGCCUGAGUCCCAUCCUCCUCAAACAGAUUCCCUACACUAUGGCAACAUUUUUGGUCUACGAAAAGGCUAUCCAGACAGCAUAUAGCAUUGUAGACAAGAGCGAGCUCACUUCGAUGGCAGUUACUGGCAUCAACCUUGGUGCCGGGCUUGUCUCUGGUUUGGCCGCCGCCGUCGUCUCCCAACCAGCCGACACGAUCUUGAGUAAAAUCAACAAGGAAAGGGCAAACAAAGGCGAAAGCACAACCCGCCGCUUAGUUCGCAUCGCAACUGGGCUUGGACUUCGCGGUGCCUACACAGGCAUGCAAGCAAGAGCAAUCAUGGUUGGUGGCAUGACAGCAGUGCAAUUUGGCAUUUAUGGGGACAUAAAGAAGCUUUUCGGGGCAACCGAUGGUGUGGAGUUAAGCCAGAGCUACCCUGUAGUAGAUCGUUUAGAGGAAGUGCGGCAGACUCUCGUGCAGCCUAUAGAAUGAUCGACCCGAAGUAGCGACAGAUAUAUUUCUUCCGAUGCCUGUUAGAAAGUAGUGUCUGCGGUAGACGUCCUGUUCGGCCCCCACUGGGGACGCUCUGUUGGCAUUGACGCUCCUACGCUAUGGUGGGUAUUGUAGCUACUGUCCAGUCCUUGUACACCUAAAAUGGACGCAAUCCUUCCGU